AUGCAGUCAAUCAUCCAGAAAACGACCGGCAUCGGUCCCCAAGUCAUCAAGCCCGAGAACUUGGAAGGCCGCGUCGCCAUCGUAACAGGCGGUGCUUUAGGUAUCGGUUAUGAAGUUAGCCGGGCGCUCGCCCACGCAGGCUGCAAAGUCAUAAUGGUCAACCGAAAGGAAGAGCAAGGCACAGCCGCCAUUGACGCCGUUAAAACCGAAACCCCAGACGCCAAGAUUGAAUGGAAGGAAUGUGAUUUGGGUAACCUCGCUCAAGUCCGCGAAGUCUUUGGCGGUUUCCGAGAAUCGCUCGAUCGUCUUGAUUAUCUGGUCCUCUCAGCUGGUAUCAACACGAAUCAGUUUGGCUUAGAUUCAGAUGGCAUCGACCGACAUUUUGGAGUCAACUUCCUCGGACACUUUUAUGCCUGUAACCAGCUUUGGCCGCUGUUGAGAAAGACGGGAAACAUGGAGGGUGUUUCGCCGCCGAGAGUUGUGUUUGAGGCGAGUGAGAUGCAUCGUCUUGCGCAGUUGUCGAAUGUGCAGUUUAAGAAUAAGGAGGAGAUCAAUGAUCCGAAUUUGGACUCCACAGCACUAUAUAACAGGACCAAAUUGGCUAUGAUCUUAUUUGCCAAGUAUGGGCUUGCGGGCAAGGUUAUUCCUGAGAAUAAGGAUAAGAUCUAUGCCUUGUCUGUUCAUCCUGGAGCAGUCAACACAGCCAUGCAGCAGCAGUGGAAAGAUGCCUAUCCCGGCCUUACAGGCAAACUUUUGUCAUGGGCCAUGCUAGCUAUCGGACGUGAUGUCGAGCAGGGCUCCUACAGUGCUCUUUGGGCCUUGACGUCUUCCAAGAUUGAAGAGGAGGACAUGAAUGGAUAUUAUUUUGUCGAUCCUGACAAGGAGGGUAACGAGACGACACAGGCUUCGAACCCUGAGUUGGCGAACAAUCUUUGGGAGCUGAGCACAAGUCUUAUCAAGGAGAAGCUUGGAGAUGAUGCUUUGGUUGAUUGGAAUAGUUCUUAG